UCUGUCUGUCUGUGUGUGCAUGUGCGUGUCUGCCUGCAUAUCUGUCUGUCUGUCUGUCUGUCUGUGUGCCGAUGUGCCUGGCACUCCGGCUGUGGUUGGCGCAGUCUCACCAGCCUCGCUUCACCCUGAAGAGUGGGAGUUGCACAGACGGUGCCUGAGUCCCCCUUGGCACCCCGAGGCCUCCGCAGGGGGUCCCAGGCUCCCUGAGCAGCCCUAGUGCACUGCCCGGGGCCUGGUGUUCGAGGUCCCUGAGGACACGUGUGACUUUGCAGAAGUUGGGGCGUGACACGGAUCGGGGUCUGUGCUGUCCACAGUCAAGCCCUUGUGCGUUUGGUGCGCGGUUGAAUGUGUGACAGCAGUUUAAGGGGGGGGUCAGCUGGGGGUGCUUUGGUCCGAGGGGAGCUUUGGCGGGGUGGGUGUCUGCUGUGGCAGCGUGCGGCCCGAGGGUGAGCGACCUCGUGUGUCGGUGUGACGGGUUGACUGGGGUGAUGAACGUGGGGAACUUUACAGGGUGUGUGGGUCCCCACGAGCCAGGGUCUCCCGCUGGAACUGCCUGGAGAAUGGGUAACAACUGGGAGUCUCUUUGCGCUGCCUUUUCCGAGUUCCGGUUUCUCCCGGCACUGAUCUGUGAUCUGCUGAGCCAGCGUGGGCCACACCUGCCUUUUGUUGUUGAUCUUCUCGGACGGGCGGUGUCUUGAUGUUACCGAAAGCAACACCUGCUUCCCAUUUCAUUUUCUGUUGGUUUGUUGGUAGGAUGCAGAGAUGCUAUAGCACUGUGUGUUGACCUCCUGUCCCAUCGCUGUACCGAGCUAGUUACUCUGAUCAUUUCUCCUUGCAUAGAGAGCUCUCACUAGGGCUUACUGUUUAUGCUUAGCUGACGUCUUCACGGAUUGCAGCUCUGUUAGGCAGGAGUGGAGGUGGGUGAUCAUCCUCAGUCUUGGAGGAAAGGCACAGCCAAGGCUUUGUAUUCCAUACAUUGGAAAAAAUAAGUAGCUGGUGGGAUUCAAGUGAAAAGGAGCAUACUUUAAAAUGCUAACCCGCUGGAGGGCCCUGCUCUGACACAGGGCCAUUUCACAGAAGGAGCGCCUGGCUGUCUCCCCAGCGCCCCCCAUGGCCCUGCCCUCCAGGGGCUUCCCAGUGUCACAUCCCUCCCCAGAGAGCUGCCAGGUCCUCCCCACUUCUGCAGCCCUAGAACCCCACAAUGAAGACGCUCAUUUCACCUGUCAAGUCCAGGGUUACACCCAACGUUUCACAUGAUAUCCUGUUUAAUUCCUAGGCAAAUUUAAUUGGGAUAAAUAUCUUUUGAGGAGUUUAUGUCCAGACCAGUUUUCUGCCCAGUGAGAGCAGACACACCUAUGGUGGUAAAUGGACUGUUUCACAGCAGCCCUUCUUGGCCUGAAAUGCACCGCAGGGCUGCUUUUGUCUUUCAGGAACCACGGAGUAGGAAGCGGGGCCCAGCUGCCUGCUCAGCUGCUCUCUUCCCAGUGGUAGCCCUGGACCAAGUGCCCAGGACAGGCCUGUCCCCUCCUCGAGGCCUCCCUACCCUGUGUGCCCAAAGAAUAGAUGGCCCUGCUGGGCUGGCGGGUGUGGAGUCAGGGGCCCCGCCCACCCCGCCCCACGGCAGCUGCUCUCCCAGCAGUGGCCCAGGCGCCUCUUGCUGAGGUCCUGGAGGGUGACUGUCCCUUGCCGUGGUCCAGGAGCUGUGUGAACGCUGACCCUGCAGAUGGGAGAGCUGCUGCUGUGCGUGACGGAGCGGGGUGCAGGCUCCAGUGCUGUCCUGGUUCCUGGACACCAGGGGCUCCCCAGCCCUGCUCCCUGGCCCAGGAGGCUGGUGUCAGGGGGAUGCGUGAGACUCCAGGAGCUGCUCGCCCAGCAGGACCUGAUGGGGCCCUGCCCUUCACUCCUUCCCAGGGCCAUCCAGUGCCGGCAGCAUUUUAACCCCUUUCUUUGCUCGGAAUCAGCGGAGCCAACUUCUGCUCACGAGAAGCACCAGAGCCUCUGAGCACAGCCUGGAGGUCCCUCUGCAGCCCUGGUUGCCUGGCUGCCCAGGGCUCUCUGCAGCUGCCCUGUUCUGGUUCCGUGUGCUCUGCUCCUUGAUCAGAUUCAAGGGCUCCACUUCUGGCUCUUCUGGAAGCGCAGUGGGAUCGCGUGAUCCCCUGUUACUGCAUGUGACCUUUCCCUGUGACCUUAACCCAGGCCACUGAUGGGCUGCAAAGCUGGGGAGCAGCACAGGCGUCAGGCAGUGUGGGGCACAGGGGAGGCUGCUGGGAGGACGGCCAAGCCCGCCUGGGCUGCAGAAAUCAAAGAAGAGCUUGAAGACCUGAACAAAGAAAUCAAGAAAACUGCUAACAAAAUUCGGGCCAAGUUAAAGUCCAUUGAGCAAAGCUUUGAUCGGGAGGAGAGCAGGAACCGGACCUCUGUGGACCUUCGCAUCCGCAGAACCCAGCAUUCUGUGCUGUCCUGGAAGUUCGUGGAGGUCAUGACGGAGUACAACGAAGCCCAGACUCUGUUUCGGGAGCGGAGCAAAGGACGCAUCCAACGCCAGCUUGAAAUCACCGGAAGGACCACCACGGACGCGGAGCUGGAGGAGAUGCUGGAGAGCGGGAAGCCAUCCAUCUUUACCUCGGACAUCAUCUCAGACUCAUACGUCACCAGACAAGCGCUCAACGAGAUCCAGUCUCGCCACAAGGACAUCAUGAAGCUGGAGACCAGCAUCCGUGAGCUGCACGAGAUGUUCGUGGACAUGGCCAUGUUCGUGGAGACGCAGGGUGAAAUGAUCAACAACAUAGAGAAGAACGUGAUGAACGCCACAGACUAUGUGGAACACGCCAAGGAGGAGACAAAGAAAGCCAUUCGGUACCAGAGCAAGGCCAGAAGGAAAAAGUGGAUAAUUGUGGCCGUGUCGGUGGUGCUGGUGGCUGUCCUGGCGCUAAUCAUCGGCUUGUCGGUGGGUGGCAGUAAGUGACUAACCAGCUGGAGCACGGACUAGCUGUCCUGUUGGCCGGCGUCACGUUUCCCGACAUUAAUAUUCUGAAGACGAUAAAGCCUGUGUGCCGAGCUGUGUGCUGUCCUCGCUGACGCGUCUGAGAGGGAGCGCAGGCCAGGGGCCACCGCGUCACCCCAGGCCCGGCCCCCCUUGUCUCUUGGCGACUGUGGGCCGUGUCACCUGCACACAGUGGGCCUGGUCCGGUGCUGUGCCAGGGAGGACGAAGCAGGUGCCGGUGACAUUGCAGUCCCUCCUGACACUGUCACCUCCAGAAUCGCUGCCCCAGCUGAAUGAUGUUAUUUUGUAAAAUGCACCCGUGCAUGACUUGCACUGUGGCACCGAGGAGGGGAACCAAUGAAAACCAGUGACUGAAAACAGAACCCUCCGUCUGACUUUUCCACAUGGCAGCUUCUGCUCUGUUUACAAUUCAACCCUUGUCAGAUGGAAGCUGUGUGUGGUCGGCACUGGCCCCAGCCGGGGUCCCGGACUGCACGGUCUGCAGUUUACGCAGAGCGUCACCGUCAUGCCCCAUGUGAGCCCCCUCCUGCUUCCCGGGCUCCCUGUCUCCGCUGGUUUCCCUGGAUUUGGGGGUUGUCCCCCCGCACUGUCCCCGAGUCAUGCCCCUGGCGUGGGAGGCCCCUGCAGGCACCUGGCCGCCCCUGUGAGGGAUGCGGUCACCCACUCCCCUGAGCUGGGGGCGCAGGCUGGCUUGCUCGGCUCCUCAGACGCUACGCAGACAGGUCCCUGUGAGCCCGGCUGUCACAACUGCUUGGGGUCUUUUUUUCCAGUGCUGGGAUUGAACCCAGGGCCUUAGCACUGAUCUAACUCACACACCCCUUUUUUAGUUUUUUGUUUUGAGACAGGGUUUCCUAAGUUGCUGAGGUACCCAGGCUGGCUGGAACUUGCUGUCCUCCUGCGUCAUCCUCCUCAGGUGCUGAGAUUACGGCCUGCACCACCAUGCCCUGCAGGGCUUCUUUCUUCACCUGAGCAGCAAAUGUCACAGCUAGCGGCAGUGAUCAGAUGAGGCUGACGGCUUGUGUGCAACACGCAUUGGCCACGGAGAGCUGCUGCCCUGGCGCUGGCCACACUGUCCACCUCCCUCCUGCGGGGAGAAGGGCUCCGUCACCAUCUGCAUCGGGCUGGAGUUCGUGUGUCUGCCCGGCCUCCUUUCUCUUAGCUCUGCUGAAAGAAUGGCAUAUGCGAUUUUUCUGCACUACCGCAGCGGUCCUUUCAGCGUUUCUGGCUUUCUCUGUGAAUGUGCCUUUUCUGUGUUUCCGGGGCGGAAAUUUGGUCUGAGCAGUGGCAUGAGGGAAGAAGGCUCCUCGGGAACCCUGGGUGCGGGCAGGUCCCCCCGCCUGGGCUCAACAGACCGGGGCACAGUGGGGACCCCAGGACGUGGCUCGAGGUCUCUGGUUGGCUCUGCAGGGUCACUGUGCCCCUCGGGCCCUGAGGGCCGGCCGGACCCUCCCUGCAGUUGGGCCCCGCAGCCACCUGCAGCCGGGUGAGGGGACAGGCCAGAGGCAGGUGCCGGUCAUGGUGGGUGCAGCUCCCAGGGUGGGCAGGCAGGUGCCCUCUGUCACCCAGGAGCCACGGGAGGAGAUGGGAGUGGUCGCCCAGCUCACAGUGGCCGGGUCAGGCAGCAUGCCUGGGCUCCUGUCUCCUCAGUGCUGUGCGUCCUGCCGUUUGUGGCCCUCGAGGCAGAGGACACACCUGCAGCCCAGGUGUGUGGCAGCCAUCCCACAGCAGGCGCCAGCUGGAGCUGCGUGCGGAGUGGAGUGGCAGUGCCCAGGGGACACAGUGUGGACAGUCGGGCCUCCAGGCUCUCACACAGUGUGGAGCGGGACUAUGGGGCCUGUGUCCCCAGGGCCGCCCCCGGCUGUGCUGUCUGCACGUCCUGCUGGAUGACACUGCUGCCGCUGCCGCUGCAUCGCCACCCCCUGGGAACUGCUCAGCUCUCGCUACAGACAGCGUUUCCUUUGCUGUUACUGUUACUGUUACUGUUUUUGCCCCCUUUUUUUUUGGUACUGGGAAUCGAACUCAGAACCUUUCGCUUGGUGAGGCAGGUGCAGCACCACUGAGCUACAUCCCGGCCCUGUUACUGUGUGUGGGGCUGGUGGCAGCGUGAGGCAGCUGGUGGUGGGACCGAGGGGCGGAGCCUGCUUUCCGCCGUGGACGCACAGCCUCACCUGCUUCCCCUCCUGCUUCCCCUCCCUCAGCCGAGUUUCCUGAGGAGACGGCGGCUUCAAAUUGUGGGAGGGUGUCUGAGGGUGCCAGCUUUCAAAACAGAAAGGAAGGAAGCUCAACGCCGCCCUGUGCUCAGCGGUCUGCGCAGAGGCUGCUCGGCAGCCAGGUGGACGUGUGCUCACCGAGGCGGCUCGUCAGGGCCAGAAGAGGCGCCGGGUCAGGGCGGCCCCAGGUGGAUCGCUGCUGCGUCCUGACGUCCACUGCUCAUCAGCUUUGGGGUCUGUGUCCCGCUCGGCCCGCUCGGCCCUGGAGUCCCGCUGUCCCCAGGCGUCCAGGACUUGUCUGGUUUCCUAGUCAUGGACUUACAUGUGAGACUCCAACAUUUCAGAAGGCCAAUGUUAGGAAACGGCACUGAUUUCUUUCCUCUGAUACGUUGUAAAUUCACAUUUCUCUUUGUCUUGCAGAAAAUGAUGUUCACUGUUACUUGCGUAAUUAUUUUGCUUGUGAUCCUUGGAGUGAUCCUCGCAGCAACGUUGUCUUAGCAACCACAUCCCAGAAUUGUCACCCGUCACAGGCCACGCCCCCGCAGCAUCGGUGGAUGGAGCCCAGUGGGCGUCAGGGUGUGGACCCCAGGCCCACGUGCUAAGCCCCGGAUGCCGGGCUCAGGAGCCUCAUGGAGGCCCUGGCAUCGGGAGUGACUGCCGAUGUCACUUCGAGAAACUGUCCAGUGUUAAGAGUGUGCACGUGGAAUUAGGGCCCUGCUGUGAGGCUAUGAAAUGGAGGCAGGUCCAGCGCAGCUAACACCUGCUGAUGAAGAGACGGUUGGUCAUAGCGUCAUCGUGUGUGUGUCCUCCUGGCGGAAAUAAUUCUCAUUACCCCAGAGCUGUUUUGUGCAAUAUCUGUAAUUUUAGAUGUUUAUAAAUUAAUGAAUAUUCUGACACAUUCACUCCACUUUGCAUGCUAAGUGCUGGCUUGUGAAGGGGCUGGGCGGCUGCGCAGUUUGCCAGCCUCGGGAGCCAUGGGUUGGGGCCCUGCGCCCUCCUCUUCUGUGGAUGCUGACUGAGGAAGGCCCGGCUCCUCAGGGAGGGCAGCUCAUUUCUACCUUCUCCCUUACCCAGUGAUAAAUAAUUAGUUACUGCACUGUAAAGACAAUGGUCUGUUCUUUGAUCAUGAAAAAUAGGGCUUGUAGCUGACCUGGUGCCACAUCCUUGUAGUGCCAGAACCCUGGGGGCAGAGGCAGGAGGAUCGAAAGUUUGAGCCCAACCUGGGCAACUUAGUGACUUAGCAAGAUCCUGUCUCAAAGCAAAAAGGCUGUGGCUCCGUGCGAAGGCCCUGGGUUCAUCCCCAGGACCGCGUUCUCUGCACGCUGACAAAGUCUGGAUUUCAGGUGGUGGUGGAGAGUGUUAGUGGUCUCUAAACUUGAAGUUAUUCCUAGGCAUUAAGGAAUUCUUAGAAAUUGUUGUGCAGGUCUCUUAAAUGUUCUUAUGUAUCUAAUACUUUGCUGAACUCUAAAAUUUAAUUCCCAGUUGGGCAUGGCAUCACAUGCAUGUGGUCCCAGCACUCAGGAGACUGAGGCAGGAAGAUCACCACAAGUUCAAGGCCAGCCUGAGCUGCAUAGCGCGACGAGACCAUCGCAAAAAUCAAAAAAAAAAAAAAACCCCAAUACAAAAGAACCUAAUUCCCAAAGUUUAUAAGAAUGUAUGAUGCUUAAACAUUUUUAUUGCUUGUUACUGUUUGGAAUACAACGAUAGUGUUCUCAGGCUUUCGACUGCACCAGGCUGAGAAUCAGCCCGAGGCCGAGGUUACGUGGUCACUUGGAGGCCGUCAGCGUCACUGGCUCUCAGCUCCCACCCGUGCGUGGCCCAGGGCUGAGUCUCGGCACUGCCUGGCGCGACGUGGACGUGCUGAGCCCGGGCCCUGGGCUGCAGGAUGCCCAGCAGUGUGGGCGCCGUGUCCUGUCCCCCGUUUUGAAGGUCCUGGUUGAGGCUGCCAGGCUGUCUUUCUGCCCAGCCCUGGAGGACUCACUGCCUGCCCUGCUCCUCAGUCCCCACGUGGCCCCGAGAGCGUCCGAGUCCUGUCAGGGUCUCCACUGUGCUCGGAAUCAGGGCUCACAGAACAGACUCCAGACUCACUAUCACUUUAGUCAUCACUUCUGAUUUUCUGUGCUUGGAUUAAAAAUGUUCCCAGUGGAACAGAAAGGAAA